AUGGCUCCGAAGAAAACUGCCAAAUCCCAGAUUCUUGUCCAACCUGUUCCAGAGAAGCGGGGCUAUGAAUUCGGUGGACCAUUAGGUGCCUUUGGGAUUGUUUUUGGCCUUCCGAUAUUGAUAUACAGCUUUGCCUUUUUCUGCAACGACAUCUCCGGCUGCCCUGCGCCUUCGCUUCUCCAUCCCUCGACCCUGACGCUCGACAAGUUGAAAACUGAGAUUGGAUGGCCGGAACAGGGGAUUGCUGCAUUAUAUGAUACCCAGGUUACUCUUUGGGUUCUGGGAUAUUAUUUUCUCAGUCUCUUUCUUCAGAUCUUCCUCCCUGGCCAGGAAGCGGAGGGAAUGGGGUUGGCUUGUGGUGGGAGACAUAAAUACAAGUUCAAUGCAUUUCCAUCUGCCGUAUUGAUUCUGUCGGGUUUAGUGCUGGGUACCUCUCUGUAUGGAGCGGAUUUUGUGGUGUGGACUUUUCUCUGGGACAACUACCUGCAGAUCAUAACAGCCAACCUUCUAAUUUCCUUUGCCAUUUCGACUUUUGUCUAUGUGAGGAGCUUUUCUGUUCCAAAACCCGGCCAGAUUAAUCCGGAAUCACGAGAACUGGCUCCUGGCGGCCACACUGGUAACGCCCUUUAUGAUUUCUUCAUCGGCCGGGAGCUGAACCCUCGCGUUCGACUACCUAUCCCCUUUGUCAGCGACACGUCGCGAACAAUAGACAUUAAAGUCUGGUUCGAACUGCGACCAGGCCUGCUAGGCUGGUUGAUCUUGAAUCUGUCGAAUGUUGCUCGCCAGUACAGGACCUAUGGCUACGUCACUGAUUCGAUCGCCUUGGUUGCUGUGUUUCAAGGCUUCUAUGUUCUGGACUCGCUGUACAUGGAGCCAGCAAUAAUGACCACGAUGGAUGUCAUUAUGGAUGGAUUUGGUUUCAUGCUUGCCUUUGGGGACAUCGUCUGGGUUCCGUUCCUGUACAGUGUCCAGUCCAGGUAUCUCGCUGUCUUCCCCCUUGAACUCGGGUUUAAAGGCGUUUCCCUCGUUCUGGGAGUUACGGCUGUGGGAUAUUUCACCUUCCGCGGUGCCAACAACCAAAAGAACCGCUUCCGUACCAAUCCGAACGACCCGCGUGUGAAACACAUCAAGUACAUUGAGACAGCCAGUGGCUCGAAGUUGAUGAUAUCCGGCUGGUGGGGCUAUGCACGCCAUAUCAACUACUUGGGCGAUUGGAUCAUGUCAUGGGGGUAUUGCCUUCCAACGGGCUUUGCGGGCUAUGCCAUCAUUGAGAGCCUGAGCCCGGCUACCGGCGAAAUUCAGAGACGGGCUGUCCAGACACCAGAGCUGCGCGGCUGGGGCCUCAUUUUCACAUACUUUUAUUUGGUGUAUUUUGGCGUUUUGCUUGUUCACCGUGAGCAACGCGAUGAAGAAAAAUGCAAGAGGAAGUACGGCGCUGAUUGGAAUCGCUACACGUCUCUGGUUCGCAGUCGUAUCAUCCCAGGCGUUUACUAG